CGCCCGCCGCCAUGCCGGGCCCCCCCCGCGCGCCGCCGGGCCCCCCCCGCGCGCUGCCGCCCCAGCUCUCCCCGGCGGGGGCGGCGGGGGCGCUGCGGCGCGUGGCGCGGUUCCUGGCGCGCGCGCUGCCGCUGUGCCGCGCGCACACGGUGGAGUUCUACACGCGCGCGCUGUGGGGCCGGCUGGUGGCCGCGCGCCCCGCCGCCGUGCUGCGCGCGCUGCAGCGGCCCCUGGCGGAGGCCUCCGGCGCCGCGGCGGGGCGGUGGGAUGAUGACACGUUUUCUGAUGUGUUUUGUGAAAACUCUAAGAAGCUAAUCAAUGUGCAUUUGUUUGCCCUGGCUGCUAAGUAUUAUACUUUGUCCAGCCUUGGAGUGUGUACCCCAUUAGAAGAUCUACUUGAAGCACUGAGAGAUGACAGUCAAGGAACAACAGGUAUCAAAACUGAUGAGUUUAUGAAUAGUAAGAAAUCUCAUGAAGUGCAGGUGAUGUCAGAGCUGGUAGACAAACUAGCAAAUAAUUUUGGUAUAAAGCAGGUGAUUGAUAUAGGUUCUGGAAAAGGCUACCUGAGUUCAUUUUUGUCCAUGCAAUAUAACUUAAAAGUUUAUGGAAUUGACUCCUCAAACAUCAACACUAAUGGUGCUCUUGAAAGGAACAGAAAAUUGAAGAAACACUGGAGAGCGUAUCAGAGUCGAGGAAGAACAAACCUCAAAAACCAGAGGCUGGAAAAGGCAAAUGAGAGGCCAGAAGAAAGUGAAAUUAAAUGUAAAGCAAUCAGUGCAAAGCCCUUAAAUAAUGAUAGCAGUCUUCAAGGUCAGAACAAAGUGACUAUCCAAGACACGCUUCCUUCUAGCGGUUUCCCUGAAAUAGCCACAUCUGAAACCAGUAAACAAGCUGAAGUAGGUUUGGUGGAUUGGACACAAUCUGAGGAGAGCAAACCUUCUGAAGAGGCUCUUGCUAUUCUAAAUGUUCUGCCUGUGGAUGCUGUAGAAGUUUUUUCUUCUUCUCAGUGUAACUGUGCAGAACUCUGUGAAGAGCAAAAGGCACAAAGAAAAAUGGCAUCUCUCAAGGCUAAAGCAAACAAGUCAAGUGAAUCAAACCUGUAUUUCCCAUUGACCUCUUGCAUCACUGCAGAAACAGAACUCAGUGACAUCAUAACAGAUCUGGAGGACUGUAUGAUGGUGGGUCUACAUACAUGUGGGGAUCUUGCUGCAAAUACACUACGAAUUUUUACUGCCAAGCCUGAAAUCAAAGCUGUUUGCAGUGUAGGCUGCUGCUACCAUCUGUUGUCAGAACAGUUUGAAAAUCAAGAAGAUUGCUCAGAGGAAAUGUGGGGAUUUCCCAUGUGUCAGUACUUGAAGGACAAGGGCUGGUGCUGUGGUCGCAAUGCUAGAAUGUCAGCAUGCUUGGCUUUGGAGCGAGUUGCAGUUGGCCAAAUGCUUCCUACAGAAUCAUUGUUUUAUCGAGCUGUUCUUCAGGUUAUUAUAGAAGAAAUUUAUGGUGUCACCAAAAGUGAUCGGCAUGUUGGAAAAACUUUCUCCAAAUCAUCUUCCUUCAUAGAUUAUGUCAGAAAGUCUCUGAAAAAGCUGGAACUGGAUGAUUCUAAGCUUCCAGACAGCUGUAUAAUGGAGUACUAUGAAAAAUACAGGCACAGAAUGAAUGAGCUUGAAGCAUUUAAUAUGUUGAAGGUUUUUCUGGCUCCCUGCAUAGAAGUUUUGAUACUUCUGGAUCGUCUUUGUUACCUCAAGGAACAGGUGGGAACAUGGCCUAAUUGUCUGGGAUCCAGCUGCAGUUCCCUCACCGUGUUGUUCUGGAAUAACCAAUGCAGUUUGGUGACUCUAUAUUCUCUAUCUCCAAGCAACUGUUGAAUAAGUUGUUGGGUUUUUUUUAUUUUGCUUAUCCCUGGUUGUUAUCUUUGUCGAUGUUACAUUUCAGAGUAUUAUAAGAAAAAAAAUACAAUCCUGAGAUUCAGAAAACCUCACUGAAGUUGCACCAUAGUUAUGCUUCCUGUUACUUUCUCCCUUAAAGCCUUGAAAUUAAUUCCUGAUGAUCAGACAGAUUAAUAAGCACGAGACAGUCGGAUAGGCGUAGGUUAUUAAAAAUUAUUCUGUACAAUAUCUCAUCUUAGGGAGUAUUUUUCAAUUUUAAGAUCUCCGAGGCAUUUUUACAUUAUUACUAAACUCAAACAUCCAAGGAAAUCCACCAGCAUAAUGAAAAUUUGUCUCAAACUGUUACAACAUGCAGUUGUACACCAAUAUUUGCAGUAUACACCUGCAUCCUCCUCAAGGCUGUCUAAAAUGUCUGUCUUACCAUCCCAGUGAUGCUAUUCAUAAAAACAGAGACAAUGACAUGCUGUUCUCUGCUUUGUGUUAGUGGCAAGAGAACCCUUUGAAUGGGCAUGCCCAACAUCCAAAGUUUUCUCCAGAUACCAUUAUUGAAAUCCAUUUAACAGACUUAGUCAGUCAGUUCAGUCUGUUACUUCAGUUAUUACUGACUACCAUUAAUGGGUCCAUAGAAUUUUUUCUUGUGCUUUGAGUUCCAUAGGUGGAUUUUUCUCAUGCUACAGGUUUUUCACUCAUCAAAACAGUAAAUGACUUCAACUAAUUGCUAUGAGCGGGAGCUACUUCUAAAUUUAUUUGUUGAUUUUACAGUCAUUUUAAGUUGUUUUAUCCUGUUCACCCCAGGAAGUCAAGCUAUUUUCUACAUUAAUUUUGUACCUCUUGUAUAAUCCAUAGCUUUGGUCUGUGUCUUUAACAGUUUAUCAUUAAAGUAUCUCUUUUCAGUCUUUUGCAA